AUGGAUGAUAUUUGGAGUGUUGAGGUGUGGGAUAAAGUGCAACUAUUCUUUCCGGACAAUGGUCAAGGAAGUAGAGUAAUGAUAACCACUAGGCUAUCAAACAUUGUUUUUCAGUUGAUUGGCUCUCAUGGCCUCGUGAUGGAUCUCUUAGAUGUUGAUAAAAGUUGGGAUCUACUGUACGGAAGUAUAUUUGGAAAAGAAGAAGAUUGCCCUGUUGAAUUGGAGGAAAUAGGAAAGAAGAUUGCCAAAAAUUGCAAGGGGCUUCCUUUGUCAAUCGUUGUGAUUGGAGGACUUCUAGCGAAGGGCAAGAGCUUGGAAGUGGUUUCAAGAGAGUAUUUGAAGGACCUUUGUGACAGAAAUCUCAUUAGAGCUCAUCAAAGGGGUACGAAUGGGGGGAUAAAGUUCUGCACGAUCCAUGAUCUCGUGAGGGAACUAUGCUUAAGGGAAGCUGAGAAAGAGAAGUUCCUCUAUGUCAGAAGACAACAUGACCUCAACAAUCCACAAGGCAUUAUAAAUACCCAACGCCGCAUUUGUAUUCAUCAUAGCACAACACAGAAGAAAUAUCUCCCUGCAGCUCUUCAUGCAUUGCAAUAUGUGCCCCUUGCCCGUUCUUUGUUUUUCAAAUUUGAAGGAGUUCUACCAUCACUUGAUCAUUGUAGAUUGUUGAGGAUUCUGAGAGCAGUUGAUACAUAUUUAAAUUUUGAUGGACAAAACAUACAUUGUAUGUAUACCCUAGAAGAUGUUUUUCAGCUAGUUAACUCCUGGUACCUUGCUGUUGAAGAUUUUCGGGAUGAAAAUCUCUGCAAGUUUCCAUCUUCAGUGUAUCUCCUUUGGAAUCUACAGGCUCUAAUUGUAGAGAGUCUGGUUGGCGUCGUUGUUGCGCCCUCUGAAAUAUGGAAGAUGACUCAACUUAGGCAUGUUCAGUUCUCUAGUGGACUUGAAAUGCACGAUCCUCCUCUUGGUCGGCAAGAUGACGAGUUUGUUUUGGGGAACCUACAGACGCUCUCACUAAUAUUAAAUUUCAAAUGUGGAGAAGAGGUGAGAAACUCGAAUCCUUUACCUGCUACUUUGAUAGCUGGAGUAAGCCAAACCGGAAUGAUAUGCUGCAGAAUUUCAUCAUCCCCAAUUCCAUCUAGAAGUUGA